GGGCCUUGGAGGUAACAACUUGAGUGGCCUCAUACCAGCGAGCCUGGGGGGAUUUGAGGAUCUAACAUCCCUGAACGUCUCGGGCACGGGGCUGACCUGCCCUCCAGAGGGCAGCAAGUGCCUGGUGAAGCAGAGAAACACCACCAGCUUCUGCCGCCUCUGCUUCUCCUUCUGCUCCUCCUGCACUCCCCAUGCAU